AUGGAUCUUUCAGUUCAGAAUAAAGUGAUCAAGCAUUUAGAAGAAAUAGAAGAAGCUGGUGAAAUGGUAUUAGCUAAGCAACAAGAAUGCAUAGUUUACGACAGGAAUCGGCAAAAAUCACGUGAAGCUGUGCGAAAGUUAAUGCAAUUGGAUUCAGAAAAUAAACAGUGGGCGUGCUUAUCUGACCAGUUCUUUCUGUUUCCAUCUGUUGGAUUAAGGAAAGCAAUUGAGGAGGAUAUUAAAGUUUACGAUUCUGAAAUCCAGAAAUUAAAUCACCAAUUAAAGGAAGAUAUUAAUUGGUUACAUGAACUUGAAGCCUCUGUUAACCUAUUGUUCACUCAAUUUCAGAUGACUAAUCUACUAACUUCUGGUCAUAGACGUUAUAACCCACUAUUAGAUGAAUGGAUUAUUGUUUCUCCACAUCGAAUUCAACGUCCUUGGGGAGGACAAAUGGAAUCUGAUAAUCAUAAACCCACAGAAGUAACUGACGUUUCUGUAAAAUGUACCAAAAAUCCAUUAUUACCCGGUUCCGUUCGUGCAAGUGGCUUAAUCACACCUAAUUAUCAAUCUGUUUACACAUUUCACAAUGACUUUCCUGCUUUGAGAGUUUAG